UCCGUCAGCACGCGCGCACUCUUCCUUAACCGUUGUGCUGGAAGUUUACAGUGUCGAUUGUGUGUUUUCCACCCUCCAGUGAGCAGCCCGAAGGGAGGAUUCCGGUCCACUGUAUAGUCUGGCACCUCCUGAGGAUCAUUCGCAAAACUUGACCAAACGGCGUGAAAAGAGACUCAGUUGCCCACUGGCCACUGUAAAGACUGGAAACCCAGAACUCUCCCAAAGACCCACCGAAAGGCUCCGCGUAGAGUGGAGUGUGAAGAAAAGUGUCUGCCGCGCAGUGUUUGGCCCCGUGAAAGUGUACGUGCCUUGGCAGCGGUGCGACAACGCGCCCGAAAGGACGGCCUGCUGAGGAAGCUGCUCAAGAAUGCUGUUGCUCAAAUACGACCCCUUCGAUCCGAUACCGUUUAUAGACAGUUCAUGACACAGAGCAGCCCUUGAGCAGCAUCACCACAUUGUGUAGCUCAACCAGCAUCCAGCCAAGCGGCCAAGAAACAGUUAGAAUCCUAUCGCGCCGCGAAUACCCGACAUCUCGACCGGCUGCUGCUGCCGCCGGCACUUUUCACCCGGUCAACAAACCAAAGCCAGAUUUACCCCGCCGAAGGUGUAAAUUCUGUAACAACUCUACCUGCUCCUCGCCGUUACCGUUAGCCCGAUACGUUAGAAAGCCUAGCCUGCCAUCCCGAUCAGGCCACCGGGUUGAUGGCUCUGGACUUUGCUGCCGGAUGCUUAGGAGGAUGUGCUGGCGUUCUCGUCGGUUUUCCGUUCGACACGGUGAAGGUACACCUGCAAACACAGGACCAUCGGCGGCCGCUGUACCGUGGCACCGUCGACUGCUUCCGGAAGAUCGUGGCCCGCGAAGGCGUCCAUGGGCUGUACCGCGGGAUGUCCAGUCCGAUGGCCGGGGUGGCCGUGGUGAACGCGAUCGUGUUCGGCGUCUACGGUAACAUUCAGCGACGGACGGAGCAACCGGAUGCGCUGUACUCGCACUUUCUGGCCGGUACGGCGGCCGGUCUCGCCCAGAGCGUGGUCUGUUCGCCGAUGGAGCUGAUCAAGACGCGCCUCCAGCUGCAGGAUAACCUACCGAAGACGGCCGAACGGUUCAGUGGCCCUCUGGACUGCAGCCGGCACAUCUGGCGGCGGGAGGGCGUCCGGGGUAUCUUCCGUGGGUUCGGCAUAACGGCCGUCCGCGAUAUGCCUGGGUUCUCCAGCUACUUCGUGGCGUACGAGUACAUGGUUCGGUACGUGGCCAACCCGUCCCCGUUCGUCAUUCUGAUGGCCGGAGGACUGGCGGGGACGUUCUCCUGGCUGCUGACCUUCCCGAUGGACGUCAUUAAGUCGCGCCUGCAAGCGGACGGGAUCUCGAGCGGCGGCCGACAGUACCGGGGGCUGGUGGAUUGUGUUCGGAAAAGCUACGCCUCCGAGGGACUUGGCUUUCUGUCCCGCGGCCUAGCCUCGACCCUGCUGCGUGCCUUCCCGAUGAAUGCCGUCUGCUUCCUGGUCGUCUCGUACACGAUGAAACUGUUCGACAACCGCAACUUUACGGUCGAGCAGUUGGCCAACGUGGUCGAAACACCGCUCCUGAUGGCCACGCAGCAGCAGCCAGUGAUUGUGCCAUCCCAUCCGGCCGGCUGGAGAGCCCACGACAACCAGCAACCAGACUACCAUCACGUACUAAACAUCAAGCAGAACACGUACCGAUUCUUGCGAUCGCUCGGAGCCUUCAGUGAAGCCGUUUGCUGUGCGGAAAUCAGCGAACUAACCGACGACCUGUACGACAGCAGCGAUCGGCUCGAGCGGGACACAACGCGGCAAACCCCAGUGCAGUCCCUGAACGAGUUCUUGCUCAGCACGGCUGACGAGGACAACAGCAAUCGGUAUCCGUUUCUGGGCGACUGAUUGCGGCCACCAAAGACACUUGUGUACAAAGACAACCUCCCUUCCCUUGUAGACGAUAGACGAUCACCGCUCGGAAGUGUUGUAUAGAUAGAAGAAAUAUAUUUUUAUUUAAAUUCCAA